CAAUAGAGUUUCCCCUUAUUGUAAAGUUUAUUCUCUUCGAUUUAGUUAGUUCAUUUAAAAAAGUGUAAAAAUUUAAAAAUAAUUUACUCUGUAUUAUUUAAAAAACAAGAAAAUCCCCCAAAUAAGACUAAGGGGGGUGUAUUCAAUCAGGAUCCUGAUGGAUUUUUUUGGAUUUUGCAAAUCUGUAGUAGAACUUGAGUCAUCUUCUUCAUCAUAUCUUGACAUGGAGGAAGAAAAUUCUGAAAUACUUUCUCAAACUCAACAACAACAAAGAACAGAAGCUAACGCUUGGAGACAUGGCAUUGCUGAAGCUAUGUGGGCCGAUAGCCCACAAAAUGAUGCUAAUGAGGAGAAUGAAGAAGACAGAGAAUGGGCUGAAUUUGACGUCCUCCUCCAAGGGUGGAUUCUCGUCAUCAUCUCGGACGAAGUUUCCGAUCUGGUCCUCACCUCUUACUUUACUGCAGCUUAUUUGUGGAAAGGAAUUUACCAUUUCUUUCAUGACAAUAUGGCGGCGCGUGCGAUGCAGCUCGAGCAACGAUUCCGAACAACCACCAAAGGCACCAAAUCAUGGCGGAUUAUUGUCAAACAUUGAAAAAUCUUGCAGAUUGUCUUAAAGAUGUGAAUGCUCCGGUCAUAGAAUGAGCGUUGGUUCUUCAACUUCUUCGAGGCCUUCCCCAAAAUCUCCGGGCACAGGUCACCUUCCUUCAAUAUCAAGUUCUCUCCCCGACAUUUCUCGAAGCCCGAUCUGCUGUCCUUCUUCUCGAACAAGACCAGACGGAUUUGGACAUCACUGAUGCGGGAUCCACGGAUUUGGUUGCUGUCGGUCAACCCACUCACGGCGGCAGACCAGGAGGCGCCUCUGGACGCGACGGUGGACAGCACUUAAGCCG